CUAUCCAUCCUCAAACAUCAACUAGAAACACAAACAACUACAUGAAAAUGAGGUUUUGUGCUUUGGUAAUUUUCUCUUUGUUGUUGUCUUCAUUCCAAGGAGGCUUAGCUGAGCAAUGUGGUACGCAAGCAGGGGGUGCUCUUUGCCCAGGUGGGCAGUGCUGCAGCCAGUAUGGCUGGUGUGGCACCACGCCUGAUUAUUGCAACACUGGUUGUCAAAGCCAAUGUGGUGGUGGUAGUGGAGGAGGAGGAGAUAUUGGUGGUAUAAUUUCAAGGGAUAGUUUUAAUCAGCUGCUGAAGCAUCGUAAUGAUGGUGGCUGCCCUGCUAAGAAUUUCUACACUUAUGAUGCUUUCAUAGCAGCUGCAAAGUCCUUUCCUGGCUUUGCCACAACUGGGGACACUGCCACUCGUAAAAGAGAGGUAGCUGCUUUCUUAGGCCAAACUUCACAUGAAACUACCGGGGGAUGGCCAAGUGCACCUGAUGGCCCAUACUCUUGGGGGUAUUGCUAUCUUAGGGAACAAAAUCCUGGAUCAUCAUAUUGUGCAUCAGAUCCAAAUUAUCCUUGUGCUUCUGGUAGGCAAUAUUAUGGCCGUGGUCCAAUCCAACUUUCGUGGAACUACAAUUAUGGGCGGUGUGGAAAGGCCAUAGGAGUGGAUCUAUUGAACAACCCAGACCUUGUGGCCACUGAUCCAGUAAUUUCAUUUAAGACAGCAAUUUGGUUCUGGAUGACUCCACAAUCACCAAAGCCAUCAUGCCAUGAUGUAAUCACCGAAAGAUGGAACCCGUCUGGUGCUGAUAGUGCAGCUGGUCGGUCUCGCGGCUAUGGUACCAUCACAAACAUCAUCAAUGGUGGCAUUGAGUGUGGUAAAGGUUGGAAUGCUAAGGUGGAGGAUCGCAUUGGAUUCUAUAAGAGGUAUUGUGACAUUCUUGGAGUUGGCUAUGGUAACAACCUUGAUUGCUACAACCAAAGGCCUUUUGGAAAUGGACUGUUGGUGGACACUAUGUGAUUAAAUAACCCAAAAUUAUGAAUCUAAACAUGUCCUAGCUUUUUCAAUUACUUGGUAUUACCUUGUAGUCUUGUCGUUUAGAUGAAGAAUAAAGAUCCUUUGAUUGAUCAGAGGUUAAUCAAGGAUUUGAUGCGAAGACA